AGGAGAAAAAGGGAAAAGGGUUUCCAUGGAAAAGCAGAGCAUCACAGCAACGCCAUUUAUAUUAACCCUUACCCUUUCAUGGCCGUAAGGCCCCUCCAAUUCUUCGUCUCGCUCUCGCGCCACCACCCUCAUAUCUCCCUCCUCCACAAUAUUCACCACUACCACAACCACCAACCUCCGCCGCCACAGCAUCAGAAAUUAACCACCUCCGUCAGCCGCCGCUCCCUGCUCGAUACCAUGUCGCAGAAGAUCGGGAAAGCGAUUAGGCGGCCUGGAGCCCCCUCGAAGGCGCGUGUAUACUCUGACGUCAAUGUUAUCCGCCCUAAGGAGUAUUGGGACUACGAGGCGCUAACUGUUCAAUGGGGGGAGCAGGAUGAUUACGAGGUGGUGAGGAAGGUUGGAAGGGGGAAAUAUAGCGAGGUUUUUGAGGGUAUUCAUGUAACCAAUAACGAGAAAUGCGUCAUCAAAAUCCUCAAACCUGUUAAGAAGAAGAAGAUCAAGAGAGAGAUUAAGAUUUUGCAGAAUCUCUGUGGAGGGCCAAAUAUUGUGAAAUUGCUUGAUAUUGUAAGAGAUCAGCAAUCAAAGACCCCCAGUCUUAUAUUUGAGCAUGUGAACAAUACAGACUUCAAAGUGCUGUAUCCCACACUUUCAGACUUUGAUAUUAGAUAUUACAUAUAUGAACUUUUGAAGGCUUUAGACUAUUGCCAUUCUCAAGGUAUCAUGCAUCGGGAUGUGAAGCCCCACAAUGUCAUGAUAGAUCACGAGCAGCGUAAACUCCGCCUUAUUGACUGGGGACUUGCUGAGUUCUACCAUCCAGGGAAAGAGUAUAAUGUUCGUGUUGCUUCCAGAUAUUUUAAAGGCCCUGAACUUCUGGUUGAUUUGCAAGAUUAUGAUUACUCCUUGGACUUAUGGAGCUUGGGCUGUAUGUUUGCUGGAAUGAUAUUCCGCAAGGAGCCUUUCUUCUAUGGGCAUGACAAUUAUGAUCAACUGGUCAAGAUCGCAAAGGUUUUGGGUACGGAUGAGUUGAAUGCCUAUUUGAACAAGUACCGCUUGGAAUUAGACCAAAAUCUUGCUGCUCUUGUUGGAAGGCAUAGUAGAAAGCCAUGGACAAAAUUCAUCAAUGGUGAUAAUCAACAUUUGGCUGCUCCUGAUGCAAUUGAUUUUGUUGACAAAUUGUUGCGAUAUGAUCAUCAAGAAAGGCCAACUGCAAAGGAAGCAAUGGCCCAUCCUUAUUUCAACCCAAUAAGGAACUCAGAAAGCCGCAGAAGUCGUGGCCAUUAGGAUUUGAAGGACGUUUCAAACUCGAGGUGCCUAUUUAUUCUUGUUUCUCUUGUAAACUUGUACUGGUCAUUCGAGUUGAGUAGCUCUGCAUGCCGUGCUUACCAUCUGAUUCAUCCACAAGUUUGACGGGCAUCAGCGCUUUGUGUGGUUUAUGGGAUAGAUUUUUUCAUGGUUGAUUUUGCUUGAAAAAUGAAGCAGAAGUUGUGUUUCGCUUUGGCAUUGAUUACCUUCUAAAUUCAUCGUUGUUGAACUGUUUUCUGUACUGAGAUAUGCUAAUUGUUUUCACAAUUUUAAUCCUAUAUACGUUCAUCGCCUUUCGUUCA